AUGGAGGAGGUGUUUGAAUACAAGGAGGUGCCUGAAAAUAAGCGGGUGGCCUUGAUCGCUACCAGGUUACGCGGUAGGGCUUCUGCGUGGUGGCAACAAUUGAAGUUAACACGAAACAGGCUCGGAAAGUCAAGGAUCGUGACAUGGACCAAGAUGAAGAAGUGCUUGCGGUCCAACUUUUUGCCUCAUAACUUUCAAAGGUUGAUGUACCAGCGUCUGCAGAAUUUAAAACAGGGGGCUAAAUCGGUUGAUGAUUAUACAACGGAGUUUUACCAGUUGAUUGCUAGGAACGAUAUUCAAGAACCGGAGGAACAACUUGUUUCUCGGUAUAUUGGGGGUCUGAGGGUUCAAAUCAUGGAGUCUGUGAACCUCUUUGAUCUGUUAACCAUUCCAGAGGCACACCAACGGGCGUUGGCCUUUGAGAAACAAAACCGUCGGGUGGGCGGUUCGUUUACCCCUGCCGGAGGAAAUGUUGGGUCGGGCAGUGGGGCACCUCGUGGCGGGCCUAGUCAACAACGGCCAGGGGUUAACAAUACCGGGCCUACUUCUAAGGGGGCUAGCAGUAGUGGUCCGAGAUGUUUCAAUUGUGGUGAAACAGGCCAUCGUCAAGCUGAGUGUAAAAGGGUUGGUAAAAGACAAUUAUUUGCUGAGUCUGAGGAUGAUCAGUAUGAAGAGUAUGAGAAUAACCCAGUGUACAAUGAAGAAACUGAAUAUGAAGAAGAGGUCGUGACCGGUGAUGUUGGGGUGAACUUGGUGGUCAGACGCUCUUGCUAUACACCAAAGGCAGAUGGAGACGACUGGCUGAAGCAUAACAUCUUCCACUCAACAUGUACUAUUUUGGGAAAGAUAACUCUUGUUCCUAGCAAGCCUAAGCAGUUAGCCACAAAACAGUCGGGUACUCUUUUGACCAUUAGUCAGUUUCAAGAUGAGUUGGAGGAAGCAGACAAUUUGUUUAUUUUGAUUGGGAAGCCAGUGCCUGAGGAAGUCGAGAUUCCUGAAUGUAUGGUUCCGUUAUUCGAGGAGUUUGUUGAUGUUUUCCCAGAUGAUUUACCUGCCGGGUUGCCACCCCUACGAGACAUCCAACAUCACAUUGAUUUGGAACCAGGGUCCCAACUACCCAAUAAGCCCCAUUACAGAAUGAGCCCAAAAGAACAUGAGGAAUUACGUCGGCAGGUUGAAGAUUUAAUUUCUAAAGGGUACGUUCGGGAAAGCAUGAGUCCUUGUGAUGUUCCUGCUCUGUUGACUCCAAAGAAGGAUGGGACAUGGCGUAUGUGUGUUGACAGUCAUGCAGUCAACAAGAUCACUGUGAGGUACAGGUUUCCUAUUCCUCGACUUGAUGAUUUACUUGAUCAAAUUAGUGGUGCUACUAUUUUUACGAAGUUAGAUUUGAAGAGUGGGUAUUACCAGAUUCGUCUUAGACCGGAUGACGAGUGGAAGACUGCCUUCAAAACUCGUGAAGGGUUGUAUGAAUGGUUAGUGAUGCCUUUCGGUUUAUCCAAUACCCCUAGUAUGUUUAUGCGGGUCAUGAACCAGUUGUUUAGACCCUUUAUUGGUAAAUUUGUGGUGGUUUAUUUUGAUGAUGUUCUUAUUUAUAGCCCUAAUUUUGAUGAGCAUGUGAAGCAUGUACGGCAGGUUUUGACCUUGCUCUGUAGGGAUAACUUGUAUGCAGCCAAAAAGAAGUGUGUCUUUAUGGUCCCUAAGGUCCUAUUUUUGGGGUAUGUUGUUUCUGGUGACGGCAUACAGGUGAAUGAAUCAAAGGUAGCGGCUGUCAAGCAAUGGCCAACUCCAACUACAAUAACUGAAGUACGUAGUUUCCAUGGUCUUGCUAAUUUUUUAUAG